AUGAUUGACCUUCCUCAAGUCCCAGUUCGUCAUACCGACUGGAUUACUCAUGUCGCAGCCCAUCCAGAGACAUCACUGCACACCUUGCUCGAACCCUACAAGGAAUAUGACUCCAAGCUGCGCGAGGUGUUCGCUCAGCAACCAGAACACCCCGCUAUUGCCGAGCCCAACAUCCUUCCCAUAUUCGCAGGCCGCGAAAGUGAACUCAAGAUCCGCGCUCGCAACCCCGAGGAUGAAUCCGAGGCUGAGCGUGAGCGCUAUCUCAUGCCUCUCGACGAGGAGGACCGCAAGCCGACUGGCUCUCCGGCGGUUGUGCAAUCACUCAAUGAGUUCCAGACCAACUUCCAGCUCUUUUCCGAGUCAUCGCUUGUUGACAUGGACUGGUCCAAUGUGGUGGUCGCAGGUAGCGCUGUUGUAACUUCGUUGCUGCCGGUUCCAGAGGAACAUAGUGGCUCCAAGCGCGCCCUACGCGAAUACUAUCAUCAGAAACUGGCCCCGGCUUCGGAUGUCGAUCUUUUCCUCUACGACCUUACCGAAGAGCAAGCCAUUGAGAAGAUCAAGCAGAUUGAACAACGCAUCAGAGACUCCAUCUUGACAGAGACAACCACCGUCCGUACCAAGAACGCCAUUACCAUCGCUUCCCAGUAUCCCACUCGUCACGUUCAGAUUGUCCUGCGAAUUUACAGAUCUAUUUCCGAGAUUCUCACAGGCUUCGAUGUUGAUUGUUCCUGUGCGGCAUACGAUGGCAAGCAAGUCUACGCCAGUCCUCGUGCGAUCGCUGCAUACAUGACGCAGAUCAACACCAUCGACCUGACACGUCGCUCCCCGUCAUACGAAAACCGAUUGUCCAAGUAUGCACGCCGCGGCUUCGAAGUCUACUGGCCGCUCCUUGAUCGGUCGCGUAUUGAUCCCACGCUGUUCGAACGCUCCUUCGGUCGCACUCUCGGACUGGCCAGGUUGCUAGUACUUGAGAAAUUGCCGAAAAGCACUGACCGUGACGCUUACGUUGAUCAGCGUCGUGCUGAACGUGGCAGACCAGCCAUCAAUCGUUGGGCCACGCAGAAGCUCAAAGGCGACAUCAAGCAACAGCAUGACGAAGAUGUUGCCGAGUGGGUAGAGACUGAUGAGGUCAGCGAUUACCAUACCUUCACCAUCCCAUACGGGCCGAAGUUCCAUGCUCGGAAGAUUGAGAGGUUGCUCUUUGCGAAGGACUUGCUACUCAACGCCGAAUGGAAUCGACCUAAGGAUCGACAGACCACACUACAUCGACACCCUUCCUUCUUUGGCAACGCAAUCGAUGUAAUUGGGGACUGUUGCGGGUUCUGUCCCGAGCCCACCACACCAGAAGAUCAGGAGAUUGCAGCUGAGGAAAGCAAGAUCUAUGUGUCUGGCACAUUGUCUUUCAUCAAAGACAACCCUGGACGGCAAUCAAUCGGCUCAUUUAACCCUCUUACUGAUGAUGAUUGGACCGAGAUGGCAUAUGUCGGCAAUACAGCGCGACUGUGUCAGGCUAUAGUGGACGGAGAUCUCGAGCAUGUCCGGGAUUGGCUCAGUCAAGAGGGUGCUGAUCCCAACCGAAGGGACUACACUGGGCGUACUCCACUUCAUUUGGCGGUCAUGACCUCAACUCCGCAGGUCGUUCAAGCUCUCGUCGAUGCUGGAGCCCGUAUCGUCGCUCGCAUCUUCGAUGGUAAGACCGCGCUCCAUCUUGCUGCCAUGCGCGGUGAGGUAGAGAUGGUCAGAGCUCUCCUCAUCAAGAGUGAGGCCAACGAAGAAGAAGAGGCAGAGAAAGAAGCUCUUAAGAAGAAGAAUCAGAUCCUCCCGGAAACACCAGAUGCUACCAGUACCAACGACACCGAGGAACAUGCUUCCGAUGACGACAGCGAGAACGACGACGAUGAGGAUGACGACGUCGAUUUACUUGAUGAUGAGUCCGAUAAUGCCGAUGCGACUACUGAAGGCUCUGUCAUCAAGAUAGACCCCAAAAAGUCAGAAGACCACGAUAACCUCCCAGAUGAUGCAAAUGACGACGAGCCCGAUGUAUACGACGUCAACGUAGUCGCUUGGGACGCACCGGUAUCUGCGCUCCACCUGGCCAUUGCAAAUGGUCACACCGACGUCGUAAAGACUCUCGUUCAGGAGUUUGGAGCCGAUGUACUACUGCCGGUCAAGCUUGUCAAUGAUUACAACAAGUCCCCGCGCGCGGCGAUCCUGCCAACCGUUCUCGCUUUACAGCUCUCGCCUGAAAAGGCCAAGGACAUGACUAGAUUACUCGUCAGCCUAGGUGCAUCGCCUGCACAGGGCGACACUAGCCACAUCACAGCGUUGCACUACUUUGCUGCGCAUGGUGCCGAUCUGCUCACCACUUUGAUAUCCGCAAACAGGCCUGCGGCGCAACAAGCCGCCGAUCACUUAUCGCUGAGUGGCUAUUCGUUCAGACCCAACGUGAACAGUCCUCUGAAGACAGCCAUUGAACAUGGUGAUACCGCUGGAGUUGAAGCACUUCUAGAGCUGGGCGCGAAGCCUGAGCUUGACUUCGCCACCUACUCUACCGUUGCGAAAAACAAGGGGUUUCAUUCGGCAUACAGCACUGCCGAGAGCAACCAGAAAGCGUUCAGAGAAAACGUCGAGCAGCCUGUAUUUACUGCACUUCGUUAUGAGGCAUUGUCGAUAGUCUUGAAGCUUCUGGAUGCUGGAGCAGACAUCAACAGUCUUACUCCCAAAGCUUGGUGCGCGCUGGACAAAAGCAACAACACACACGACAACGAUACGGGCACCCUUUUGGAUAUUGUUCGGUACAAUGUGCGAAAACUACAGACCUUUAUCGAGAAGGGCAAAGUUGAUGGCCAAGAUGGGUGGUUGUGCUCCGAAGGCUGGGUGGACCGCAUUGAUAACUACCGGCGGUCCGAGCAAUUCGCCCCAGUACCGCUCAAGGAAGAUACUGAAUAUCUUGGAGGACUCGAACCGGGUACCUACGCUCAUUGGAUGGUGAGUGAUCAGAUCGACAGCGCCAAACGGAUCUACGAACAAGACUUGGAGAGCCACGAGAAGUGGAAACAGUCUCAGAAAGAACCCGAGGGUACGAGUGAGAAGAAGUCGGCUGUCCAGGCGCUAUUGAAAGAGUUCGAAGCAUUGGAGUCAGAGCUGCUCAGACGACAGGCGAAGACCUUCAAAGAGCUGCAUCCAGAUACCGAAAUCAGGAUACCCCCACCACAACAGUACAAUUAUGGUAGCUAUGGACCUGACCCUCCAAAGCCGUGGAAUCCGUUGCUCACCUUCCGGCUUUCUGACCUGACCGACGAACGACGGGAAGCUUACCUCAAGUUGUUCCAAGCCUGCUGGGAUGGCGAUCUUCCGACGAUCAAAGAGCUUACCUUGUCGAUGUGGGGAGAUAAUCAGACUCCCCUGCAAAUCGCUGUUCAGAACUCGCAGGAUUACUCGCCGUUCUCUAUCGCCAUUCUGCGGAAGCACUAUGGAAUCGCUCGUGCUGUCUUGGAGAUUGCACAUGCGCAAUAUGUGCCCGAAGAGAAGCCAUUGGUCAAACACAGUCUCCAGCCCCGAGAUGAUGACGACGGUAGCAGUGACGAUGGUGAGGAUGAUUUCGAGAUCUACGCUGAGAUUGUGGAUGAUUGCUUCACUAUUGAGAACAUUGGAGAGGUGCAGAGUCAAGUCAAAAGCAAUGUGACGCCACUCAAGAUGAUGUCGUGGACGUGCCCGGCGUUCCGUUUUCUCGAACACGAUGCUGCAUCGGUCUCACCCUGGCUUCCACACCCAGAGCUCUCAAGCAGCCUCCGUGGUCAACCGCCUUUGGACUCGUCUAGUGGUAACCCGGUACCCGUCAAGAUCCCCGAGGAUGUGCGGCCGCAUAGUCUGUUCCAAUUGGCAGUCUAUCUAGACGAUGCCGAUCUACUACAAUUCCUGAUCGCCAGAGCUCAGGAGUACACGCAACACAACACCGAACUCGACGAUGAGACUGCACCGAGGUUCUUCCGUUUCGACGAAGCCGAGUUCUGGUACGCGAUCCGCUUGAGUCGUACCCGCCUGCUAGGAAUCAUCAUCAAGAACACUGGGGCUGGCAUUCCUUUGGACGAUCUUGUGAAGAAGAGCGGCAUCGAGAUACCCGUGAAGCCAAAGUACUACCAAGGGCUAUCGGUGCACGGCAGGAAGCGAGCGGACUGGGCGAAUGAAGGGAGAGAGACCCAGACGAAAGCAGUUGGGGCGAAGCAUCCGCCUUUACUUCAUGCCGCUCGUUACACAAGUUUGGAGAGCGUCGAGUGGUUCGCUAGUGACACCGCUUUGCGCUGUUAUAUGGAGUUUGCGGACAGUCAUCGAGACGAUAUUCGCAUCCAGAACCUGGCGAAGACCCAAGGCGGCCUACAGUCGUCUAUCACAAAUUGGCUCGACCUACGCUCGCAUCUACUGCUCCAUUCGGUGGUUCUGGGCAAGGAGGGUGAAGAGUCGGUGAGCCUGCUUCGACAUCUAUGCAAAACUCAUCCCAAGGCGAUUGGACAUCGUUCUGCGAAUGGCAUGACGCCCCUGCAGCUUGCUUUCUCUCAGCACCGUGUCGAAAUGGUGAAGGUUCUUCUGGAAGCUGGUGCCGAUCAAACCACACGCGACAACACCGGAGCGAACAUUAUCCACUCAAUCCUGCACAAACAUUUGAACUACCAGCUAGACCUAGAGAAGCUCCGCGAGCUUUUGGCGCUCAUCGACACUCGCCUUCUCUCUAGCCUGUUCACCGAACGCACAACGGCGGCUCCUGGCGCAGCUACACCUCUUGCACGCUGGCUUCACGUCGCUCUUCCCCACAAUUCAACAAGUUAUAACUCGGAGAGCCACGAAAACAUUCUCAAACUUCUUUUCGAGCUCAACAAAGGCGACGACCUCAGUAUCGUCAAUGGCGAGGGCGACACGCCUGUCCAUCUUGCCGUACGGCGUGGUACUGAUCAAGUCUUGCGCGUCAUGCUCCAAUGCCGUCCUGACCUUCUCUUCCGUGAGAACGCAUCAGGACGUACGCCGUUUGAGAUGGCAGAGGAUACAUAUCUGGCUCAAGAGGUCUUCAGCAACCCUCCGCCUCCCAGCGACGCAGGGCAAAAUCGUCGCCACAGACAUCUUGGUAUCGGGAACGUGAAUACUAACGUGCUUUCACGACGUCCAGAAUCCUUCGUCGAAAAGUCCCGAGAUACUCGCGAUGCUACGACAAAGGUGUGGGAAGUCUGCAAGGAGUUUGCCGAGAAGAAUCAAGGGCAGAAGAGGAAGCUGGUCAGCCUGGUCGAGGCAAAUGAGGUUGCGAAGCGACUGGCAUUGCGGAAGCGGAAUGAGUCUACGACGCGGGUGAGGGGGAGGCGGUUCAGGCGCAGGCAUGGCAGAGUUGAAGCCAUCCACGACGACGACGACGACGAGCUUGCCACAGGCGACGAGGUCGAUGCGUGGUUUGGAGCGCAUGGAACGUAG